ACGCCUCAACAUCUGAUCGUGCAGUCGCACUGUUGCGUAACAGUGAUAACAACUCUUAUUUUGGUUUAAUAUCCUUGCUGUAAACUUUAAUAACUGCAAUUAUGAAAGUCUCGACACUUGCCCGCGGCUUGUUUAGCGCCAUCAAGACGAACACCGCAUCCCUGACCCGCUCACAUUUCACAUAUUACCCCACAAAACUGUCGUCUGAUGGCUCCACUGGCAACUCGCAAAAAAUGAACAUGUUCCAAGCCAUAAAUAAUGCUAUGGACUUGGCCCUCGAAGAAGACAAAUCGGCAUUGUUGUUUGGAGAAGACGUGGGAUUCGGUGGCGUUUUUCGUUGUUCCAUCAAUCUAAGGGAUAAAUAUGGCAAGGAUCGGGUUUUUAAUACCCCAUUAUGUGAGCAAGGAAUUGCAGGUUUUGCAAUUGGCGUGGCAAACACAGGCGCCACAGCAAUAGCUGAGAUCCAAUUUGCCGAUUACAUUUUCCCAAGUUUCGAUCAAAUUGUGAACGAGGCUGCCAAAUAUCGUUAUCGAAGUGGCGGUCUAUUUGAUUGCGGUUCAUUGACGUUCCGUGUGCCUUGUGGCGCUGUUGGUCACGGAGCCUUGUAUCACUCGCAAAGUCCGGAAGCGUACUUUGCUCAUACUCCUGGACUGCGUGUUGUGAUUCCUCGCGGUCCUAUCAAGGCGAAGGGCCUGCUGUUGGCUUGUAUUCGUGAUCCGAAUCCCUGUAUUGUGUUUGAACCGAAAACUUUGUAUCGCGCUGCUGUUGAAGAAGUGCCCACGGCUUCGUAUGCUUCUGAGUUGGACAAAGCGGACAUUUUGCGCGAAGGAAAAGAUGUCACGCUUAUCGGCUGGGGCACUCAGAUCCAUGUACUAUUGGAGGUUGCAGACAUCGCCAAGAAGCAAUUAAACAUUGACUGCGAAGUCAUUGAUUUAGUGUCCAUCUUACCGUGGGAUACGAAAACAGUUUGCAAUUCUGCCAGCAAAACUGGUCGUGUAGUUAUUGCCCAUGAAGCGCCAUUUACCCAAGGAUUUGGAUCUGAGCUGGCCGCCUACAUACAGGAGAAGUGUUUCUUGCGUCUGGAGGCGCCCGUCAAGCGUGUCACCGGCUGGGACACACCCUUUCCUCAUGUCUUUGAGCCUUUCUACUUGCCGGACAAACAUCGCUGUCUUGCUGCUGUCAAGGAGAUCGUCAACUAUUGAUUGAUGUAAUGCAAUAGCAAUACUAGAAAUCUAUUCGAAACGGAUGCAUUUAUUUACCGAACUUUGCUUUAAAUAUUCUCUAAGUUUAUCUAUUUUGUUGUGCCUGCAUGUUGUCUAUAAUAAUUUUUUGUUUUUCUAUAUGUUAAGACGACACUCCAGCAUAGCUGAAUAAUAAAUAUUAAACAUUUAAAAAGCCAAUCUCAAAAUGUUCUUAUAAAUUUCCAAACCGAUUUGUCGCAAUUUGUGAGUAAUGCCCGAUAAAAUUAUCGUGAAUCAGAUUAAAGUUCUUUGCAUGAAACCACAACUAAAUAAAAUUAAGAUUAUGUUAACGAUGAGAAUAACAAUAUGAAGAUUUAUUGCGCUAGCAUCUUUGGUGACGCCCAGGGCAUAAUAUAUCACUUUAAAUAUACAUUAGUUGUUUUCUUUUUUUUUUUUGCACGUAACAAUUUUACUUCUUAACUAUUUAAUUACAAGAAGAAAAAAAGGGUUUAUUAUUUAAUAAUUGGAAUAAUCGGCGCGCAAUGUUGUGCUUAAUUAACGUCUCCGCAUCGUGAUAAUAUAUAGUGAAGUUGUGUGUACAUUUUUGGGAGGGAAUUGCAUUCCAUU